GUUUUGGAGCAGAUCUGGCUGCCAUGGAGGUCCAGUGUGCUGGGGUUGAACCCCCGAGGCAGGGCCCUCCACACAAAGCCGUCGGCCUGAUCUUCUCUGUGCUGCUUGGUGUGUGGUCUGUUCAGGCCCUUGAGAUGUCUGUGGGGAAGAUUCCCUUCCUCGAGGCGGUGAAUGGCAGCACAGUCAUGUUGCCUUGCACAUACUCGAGCUGUAUCGGCAUCAGGGACCUCUACUUCGACUGGCAGUUCAACAAUAAUGGCACCAUGCAGAGGGUGUGCCAGUCAGUGAUAGCAUCAGAGGGGGUGGAGCCCCAUGUGAGUAUAUUCCGAGAACGGGUGGAGUUUGUGGGGAAGAACCGUGACAACAACAUCUCCAUCGUGCUGUGGAAUAUCACCUUCGAGGACGGAGGCCAGUACACGUGUUUUGGACGCAACCCAAAAGAGAAGGACAAGAACCACAGUGCCAUCUUCACCCUCAUUGUGGUGGAAGAGUUGAGGGUGGUGGACAACACACUGACCAUCAUUAUAGCCUCAGCUGUGGGUGGAGCCAUUGCGCUGUUGAUGGGCUUCAUGUUGCUCAAGAACUUCACUCUCUUUGUUCUUUCCAAGCUUGAGGAGAAAAAUAAGGAGUGCCUUGUAACUUCAUCAGGGAUCGACAACACAGAAAAUGGCCUCUCAGGAUCCAAAGCUGAUUCAAAAUCAACACCAAAAAAGAAAUGA